CAACUCUGGCGACACUGCACUACAUGAUGCAAUAGCACAACAUGAGACCAGCUGUGCAGAAAUGAUUCUGACUUCGCCAAUUCUCGACUUAACUAUUGAAAAUGAAAAAGGAUUUAACCCUCUCCAUUGGGCUGCGUUUCAUGGCAAAUCUAGCAGUACACUGGUUGAGAAAAUCUUACAGAGAAACAAAAGUCUUGUUAAUGUCCGAAUGGAAGAAGGACCCACUCCUCUCCAUAUUGCAGCGAUAAACGAUCACACAGAAACAGCACAGAUACUUAUAAAACAGGGAGCAGAUGUGAAUGUCAAGGACAAGAACAAAGAAGCAAGUCCCUUGCAUCUCGCUUGCACACAUGCCUAUUUGGGUGCAGCUAAAAUCCUCGUGGCCGCAGGAGCCGAUGUUAAUAUGGGCGAUGUUGACAAGAACACACCUCUGCACGUGGUGAUGAGGUCGUCUGAAGUAAAAGUUGACUCGGAUGGAGGUUUAAUGGGAGAUUUACUGAAGGGCCUGGUGAAAACAACUGCUGGCAGUAUUCAGAGUCGUGUUAAACUGGCCACCUUCCUGUUGGAGCAUGGAGCAGACGUCAACGCCAGAAACAAAGACGACAAAACGCCAAUCGAUAUUUGUACUGUCAAGACGUUGAAAAAAGCUGUUGAAAAUUUCAAGAAAGAAAGUAGUAUACCUGCCCCUGCGUCCAGGAACGCUCUGCUGUGUUCCAAGUGUUUCAUACGCACCGCUAACGUCACGUUAUUGCCAUGCAACCACAUGAUGACGUGCAGAGAUUGUCAUACGAGGAUGUCUACUUGUCCACUUUGUGGCGGGGAGGUCACAAAAGCUGUUGAUUCAGAUGCCGUGGAUAUUGCGGAAAUGCCAUCACUCGACUUAGACUGAGAAAUAGCUGCAUCGAGCAAGAAAACCCUACCUAACCUCUUUAGGUUAGGAGAAAAGGGAAGAACAAAAGUGUGUUAAUAUGUUACGUUGUGUGUUUUAACAGAACUUUAAAUAAGACGUUCUUAAAUUUUGACUGUUUUUGAAAUAUUUUUUAAAAUUAAUUUGUUGAUGAUAGAAGAUUUUAAAAAUGUAUUAAUGUAGAUUCAUCAUUUUGUGGUUGACGUAUAUUGUGUUAUUAGUCCUUCUAUAAUUAAAAUACACAGUUGAAGGCAUGCAUUAACUAGUUGAACUUUAACGGCACGUGAUACGAACAAACGUAAAUGUGCAUCAAAGUUGCAAGUGUCAUAUGUAGUUAUUUUUGUUAUAUUUAUUUGUGAUAAAUAGCUACAGAUAAAUAGAUUCCUCCACAUGUAAUCGUUGCAUAAAUUGUAAUGUGACUUGGCGUUUUAUAAAUAGUGGGGUUUCCAUGAUGUUUUGAUUAAUUGUGUAAAGUUCAUAAAAAAAUCGUCAUCAUGUACUCACUGAAAUAGCAGUCUUUUUUUAAAUUGUGAAUAUGGAGAUGCGAUCUAAAUUGAAAUUGAGACGUCACAUGUGAAGUCGUCAGUCAGUGUUAUUAGAUUUUUACAAUAAUAUAAAUGUAUAAAUAUUAAUAAAUCAAAACCCGGGGUUGUAAUUUUUAUGAUCCUGUAAUUUCAGGUACACUCUUUACGUUUGUCAA